AUGAUGCGUUACCUGAUGCAACUGGCAAGACGAAUGGAAUAAUACGUCUGCCGACCAAUCUUGUAUCGAAACGUAUCUCUGUUUUAAAAUCGUGACGUUUAUUUUAAUCUAGUUUAGUUCAUUCACUGUGGUGUUUUCUUGUUUCAAGUUAACCUGGAAUCGUACGGAAACGUCCUAGAGAAAAGUUAGAGCUUGACCUAGUAACUUAUAUUUCGUGUUCGAUUUUCCAAAAUGGCGGUGUCGAGGAGUUUUGUUCGAUUGUGGAUAAUUUUUCUAUUUGGAAGUCAUCUGAUCACUGCAGGUACGUUAAAAGUCUUUAUAUUUUUACAUUUUAGCCUGUUACAGAGAAUGGAUACUUUAAAUACAAGUAAAUCUUUUAUAGUUUGAAGCUUAUUUCAACGAAUGCGGAAGCUAACAAACACACAAAACAGCUGCACAUUUCAUGUAUAGAAUAGGUUUUAAAAGUGAGCUAAGUUUCAUGAUUACGACUGUUGUGUUAUUAAGUGCUAACUCGCUUUUCUUGCAGGUGCUCAUACAUGUCAGUACCUUUCCCCUCGAAAUCUGCUGCCUGAUUUUCUUUUGCAAAUGUUAACCCCUCAACCAAUUUUAAAACCCGUUUUAAAAGUGGCCAAGUAAAAUUCACCAAAAUUUCCAAAAAUGCUGAAAAACAAGUGGUACCUUGUGAAAGUACUGCUGAAGAUGCUUCAUAUGACUGGUCACACUUUAAGGCUGUGUUCACACUUUAUCAGCGGAAAGCUCUUGAUGCCACUUUGAUAAGCUAUUCAGUAUAGUAUAUGAACACCUAUUGGACAAAAGAUUGCUGCGGCACAGUUCUCUCCAUCACAGAAAUCAUACCAAAAUCACAAUCCUUGUGUGUGAACAGAAGCACUAUCUGGUAUGAUUUUCAUGCUGGUGUAAAAGCUGUCCGGUGAAGUGUGAACAUAGCCUAAGACUCAAAAGAAAGAAACACCUUACAAGACCCCCUCAUUCAUAAUGACUUACAAUGAGGUUAUGAUAAUUUUUUAGCUCUAGGUUGGGGCAGCAGUGACAAGAUAAAAUUGACAGAUGUCAAUGUUAUCACAUUACAACAAGGUAAAAUGACAAAUUCCCGCCGUACUCACCCUGUCCCUCAGUUACAGUGUGUCGGUGGGACAGCGGGCUGUUCAGCAUUCACUCCAAGAGUUGUUCAGUGCUAUAACAGAGGAUCUGAUGGCUAUGAUGUGCAGGUACUAUCAUUUUUUUCUCGUAUUAUUUUUAACACAUGCAAACCAGCACCAUGCAUUAACGGUAGGUAAUGAAAUCCAGCAUUUUGGUAUGCAGGAUGCGUAAUUGUGCAUGCAUUUAUCUCACUGUGUUUGCAUUUGCACUCGUGAACUUCUCUUGUGCUUGAUCCAUAAGCUUACAUUUGCAUUUGGCUCACUGGAUCAGAAUAAGAUUCAGGAAAGUUCAUCUACCCCUCCCUAACCCAACAAUUUGUCCUGAGUGAGAAGUUAGUUAUAACAUUGAGUUAGGGGAGGGGUAGUUGGGAAGAUUAAUUUGAGCCAGCCCACCCAUUUUCAAAUUUUUCUCAAAGCUUCUGGACUCAGUGAUUUAUUUCCACAGUGGGAGUGUAAAGCAGAUAUGGACAGCCGCUAUAGAUUUGGUGACAUUGCUGUCAAUUGUGAAGGAUACAAUUAUCCAGAUGAUCCAUACAUCCUGAAAGGCUCUUGUGGGGUAGGUCUCAAUUUUUUUUUCAUAAUAAUUAUUAUACAAGUUGACAGAUGUCAGUUAAAGUACCCCACUUCACACACAUUAUUUUAAUCACCAAUAAAACCUUUAGUGAUAUAAGAUAUAAGAAUUUGUUGCCUUUUUCACUAAUUAGCUCUCCUUCUAUAUUUGUUUUUAAAAAAAUUUAAAGAAUUAUCUCACUGAUAGCCGAUCUGUUGCUUAAUUUUCUGAUCUUGCUCACUUUGCACUGAGCCAUGAAUUUACUUCAUUAGGUAGUUGAAGGAAGCCUAUUAAUAUAAGCUUCAAGCUUCAUUAGGCUUCCUUGUCACAUUAGUUUGAUAAUUUAAUUAACAACUUUCAUGUUGUAUAAGGUUUUGUGAGUGACUAAAUAAAUUAAAUAAAAUAAAUAAAUAAAUAAGAUCAAAACUUCCUCUGCAGCUGGAGUACACAAUUGAUGUCGUUGACGGAGGUCAUAACUACCAUUAUUCAGGUCACAGGGACCAUGGUCACCAUGGUUACAACCAUAAUUACCACUCAAGAAGGUAAAUCGUAUUUUUUUAUGAUUGUGUAUAUAAGUGCCUAACACACUUGCCAGUGUAGGAAGUUACAGACCUUGCCAUCUCCCUUAUAUUUUUUAUUAAGCUAUCUAGUUAGCAAAUAAAUACAUUGAGAGGUUAGUAACUCUCUCCUCCUCAGAGCCUCCCGCUGGGUAUCCCAGUGAAAAUAGAAAAAAGUACACAGGGGACAGUGGGAAGAGAGAAAAGGUGGGAGCCUCGACUCACUUCCUCUCUGCCCAACAUCCCCCCAUGUGCUUUCUUUUCUCUCUCUCCCCCAGCCUCCCUGCGACACAAAAAGGACUCUGCGGAGGUGAGAGGGUCUGUCAAUCACCUACAGGGAGGAUGAAUUUAUCAAGCACAUCAGGAUAUUAUAUUGCAGAUCUUAUUUUGCAGACAUUCAGGAAGCUGGAUUGGUACCAUCAUUAUGUGGGCCAUCAUUGCUUUGAUCGCAUAUUACAUUUAUCAGCACUGGACAGGCAAUACUGCAGGACAGUAUCCUUUUACCCCUCAAAACAACUGUAAAAUAUUAACUUUUUUUCCAAUAAUUUUAAUUUUAUUGUUGCUGGCAUGAGUGAUAGGGGGUUGGUCUUAAUUCUAAUCUCCAGCUUGCUGUUACACAUGCGCAGGACUUCCACUAAGAAUGAGUGAAAUGUAUAGAACGCAAUCUGAUCAUGCAUGGUUGGACCUUCUACCACUUGUAACAUGAUCACACACAUUUUAACCAUUUUCUAUGCAAAGCACUGCGUUGGAGCAAGGCUGUUUGCAUCAAUCUCGCGUGCACGUCCAAACGUUUCAGUGGAUUGUUUCAGUUUAGUUUAACCUACCAGUGGUCAACAGAGUUGUCCAGACAGUUUCAAGCAGAAGGAGAAAAAAAUUAAGAAGGCAGCAACAGAUUAGAUUGAAAGGAAGAGUCUCAGUCAUGCAUUGCAACCAUGUGUGUGAGUAGCCAGCUCUUCAGUCACCUAUACGGUGAUUUUCACUGGUCUUUGCAGUUUCUCAGAGAACCCUGAGCAACAGUAGCUAAUACCUCGUGUAUUUCCUCCUUAACUUGUUGUUCUCAGUACUCAAACCCCUGGAGGUUACUCCCAGUCAACCAGCCCCCCUCCACCAGGAUUUAGGCCUGAGUAUACUAUGCCAGGUAUGGGCUAUGUUAAGUCAUUUCUCUUAAAGACAGAUAGAUGUGUGUCUUAGUAAGCUUUAUUAUAGAAGAACUGCCGGGACCAGUACUGGGUGUCCAUCUUAGACAGGUGCCCGCCUUACAGAGUGCUAACCAUUAGGGAGCUUGAGCAACCACACUGACGACGCUAACAAGUGCGUGCAUCACGCUUUUUUGUACAUUUCUUUGCCGUGACGUUUCACGACACGACUUGAAACUUCCUGAUCUCACGUUUUUAUGGACGACGAAACCACAAAAUAACAACUUUCUUUUUCUUCGAAACUUAGAUACCGUUCUUCCGAAUUUAACUCCAAAACACAACUCGCCAACGAUUAAUUUUUGAAAAAUUGAAUGAGCUGAAAUAAGAGCGAUGAAGUUUGAAACAGCACGAAUUUAGAUGUUUUAAGUGACGUUUUCGCCGUCCUUGCCGUCGUGGUUGCUUACACUGGUAUCAGGUCGUUUCGCCCGAAGGUCGGUUCGCCCGAUAGCAGUUCGCCCAGACUAAUUUCCUUGCGAAAGACGGUGCCUGUGACGGCUGUAAGCAAGAAUUAGUGUCAAAUAGCAAAUUUCGUGAGUAAAAGGGCGUCAAAACCGUAAAAGCCAGAUGGGAAAAAGCAUCAAAUUGCUCUAUCCUGAUGGAUACCUCUUUUGUUACAAAUUAUGUUGUUAACAUAUUUAUGAAUCAACUUUUUCCUACUACACAGGAGUUAUAAUUUUAUGUGCUGUAUAAAUGUUUUUUCAGGAAGUGAACACACGACAACUUAUGCAACUCCGACAGGUGCAGGGACUGGAGGGGGAUUUUGGUCAGGUAAAUUGACAUUUAACUUAAACUCAGGGCGCUAAAAUUUUGGAAAAAUUAUCGUCGGUAAUGUGUCGAUUUCUACAGAUCUGCAUGGUAGUUUUAGAUUAUUUUUGUUCACAAAAGGUCAGAAAGUAUUGGAGAACCUCACCGUUGAGAUGCGUCAGAUUUUUUGAAGAUCAUCGACCCAGCAACUUCGGAAAUCAUCCGAAAUCGCUAGAGUGCUUCGGCAAACGUCGGACGAAAGCCAGCAGUGGGUCGAGGGAAUCCCCACGAUUAACUGUUCAACGCUGUUUUUGUCCAAUCAUUUUUUCCCGAAAAUUUGGCCAACAAAUGUUACUGUGACAAAGAUGAUUAUGUUCAACUGUAGAUUUACGUAAUGUAACUUAAAUUGCGUAAUGUCUUUUCAUUUAAGGAGCUGCCACUGGUGGACUGCUUGGUUAUCUGUUUGGAAGUUCAGGGUAAGAUUAGAUUUUCCACUUAAGGUGAUUCCCUAGUAAAAGAACCUAACAUAGAUUGUAGAUGAAACUUGGUAUACUGAUGUAACAAGUCCAGAAGAUGAUAAAAAAAGUAAUAAAAAGUGGGGGUCACGGUGCUCGUUUUGACGUCACAAUGCUGAGAAAUACGGCUAUUUUGGACCCUUUGACAAAAACCGCGCGCAGCCCAAAACUAGACAAAAACGAGAGAUUUUUUCGAUGAUGCAUGUGGUAUCGCACAGAAUUUGACUUUAUUGCAUUGUUUAUCCACAUGCAUACCAGAAAAAUACCUUUUAAUGCUCCUUUUAUUAUUUUACGCUUUAAAGUAGAAUUGAAUUGGACACGCGCUAUUCGACCCGUGAUAGCUCAAUCCGUACAAUUUAGUAAAAUUGCCAAAAAACUGAACAUAGAUUUGUUCCAAUUUUUUCUCAUCGAAAGGAAGCACUGUCCUUAUUAAAAUCAUGAAAUAAAAAAUGGGGGUCACUGUACUCGUUUUUGCGGUAGAGCUGCAGACAGUGCGCACCAAAUGCAUUUUCUCCGAGUUUUGAGAGAGGACUGGGGCGAGUUUCAAAAUAGAAUGUAUGUGAAAGGAGGAAGAAAGUAUUAAAAAAUCUGUUUUUACAGAAUUUACAUCGAAAUAUCACAUUUAGGACACAAUGUGAUAAAGAAAGCGUUUAAAUAAAAAUCAAAGUGAGUAAGCACAAGUUAAACAUCCACUAUUGAGGUUCUCCGUGAGGAAGUCGAACUCAGCAACACGUGUACUGCCUACGUUAUGCACAUUCCCAACACAUUGAGUCUCACCCCGGCAAGAAACAACCGCAAGCAAAAAUUCCAAUAGCGUUUCUCUUCAGUCCACUUCAUUUUAAUAAUGUUACUUCACAUGCCCUGUUUUACGGCGGCCAUCUUGUUAUGCGCAGUAAGAGAUGCGCAGUGCAAAACCAGGGAAUCACCUUAAUCCUAAAAUGCCAGCAAGAAAUUUACCUCCCAGGCAGUGCUUAAUCUCGCGGCUUUGUGGAAGCGGGCUAAGCAGCUAAGCAACAGUUAAAUACACUGAGUUUUAAAAUUCUAUUAUUGUUUUCACUCUUUAAGGCAUCGUAACCAGUACUACAAUGGUCACGGUUACUAUGGACCGAGAUACCACCGGCCGGGGCCUGGGUAUGGCUUUGGCGGAUCAAGCUGGUUUGGCUCCAAUAACAGCUGGACCUCUGGCUGGUCCUCAAGUGGUACACACAGGAGAAGCCCUAGUCCUCCGAGUACCCGCACCGCUUCAGGUAAGUGCAUCCCAGCUUCUGUCCUCAGUUCCCUCAGUCAUUUACAAGUGGCAUAAAAUCUUGAAAAGACUUAGAUCUUGCGUGUUUUUUAUUAUGUUUUACAGGCUUUGGUGGGACCAAACGCCGCUGAAAUUUUUGAAGAUGAAGAAAAUCGUAGAGGAAAAAAUAAACAUAGACUUAAGAAAGCACGGAGUAGUACCCUGCAUCAUUUGACAUAUAUACAACAACAAUAACAACACCAACACCAACACCAGUAAAAAGAUAUUCUAUUAAACAGCAAAAAGAAGUAACAUACCAUCAACUGACGUCAUACAACUCACUUUGACUCUGACGAUGACUACCUCACGGGUUGUCGAAACGUCGGUCACUGUCAACAACAGGACUAAGCUCACCCGGGCGAUCGUAGGUCACCAAUUUAUGAAAACUCAAAAUGAAAGAAAACGUCUUCGUGCGCACCAGGAGCCCUGUGCGCACUUAACACAAGUGCAAGCUGAGAAAAAUAUGUGGGAUUUCAAUGUUAUUUAUGUUGCAGCCAUUCACCUACGAAGAGCCUUCAUGUCGGUAAAUGUACGUAAAAUAAAUAGCAGAUUCAAUUUUUGUUAUGCGGCGCAGCCCCACGGAGCCGCGACUCCGUGUUCAAACACAGAGGGACGAUUCGCAACGACGAUUUUUAUCACAACACAGCGUUGCAAUGUUGGAACAAUGUUGGAACUAUUGAAAACAAUGUCGCACCAAUGCUGCAACGCUGUGUUCCGCUAAAAAUCGUCGUUGUGAAUCGUCUCGUGUAACACUACCUUUAAAUUUGUUCCGUGACAAGUGUUACUGUAUACUGACAUCCAUAUUCAGAUGUAUGAGGCUUUCUGAGGGUUUCAAGGUCCAAAUGGAUAAUUUUUGUAACUACUUUUUAUUUGCGGAAUAACAUCAGUCGGUCACACUUUAACUUGCACAGGAGUAGCUUUUGGUAUUCAAUAACUUAAUAUUAUGAUAGCUUUAAAGUCAUUAAUAGCUUUAAUUAAAAACGAUAAUAAAAAUGUAAACUUACGAAGUUAAACGAG